UUUAAACUGUACUAUUGAGUUAAUUAUUUUUGCAAAUCUUCCAAAAACUGCACAAUUAUCAAACAUUUAUGAACAGGUUCAACACAAUAGUGUAAUCACAAAACCUCACAAUUUUAUACUAUUUUCACAUGCCCAGAUUUUAGGUUAUGUUUGACCACGAAGUCACGAAAACACUUGUUUGCUGUAUAAGAUAAAAAUUCACAUAAUGGCAUUGUGUGAAGCUGAGAAAACGUUUGUGUUGCAUGGAGUAGAAGAGAAUUUUCGUGUUGAUGGACGCGAACGUGAGGACUACAGGCCGAUAGAACUUGAAACUAACAUAGUCUCACAUGCCUUUGGUUCUGCUAGAUUACGUUUAGCUAACACAGACGUUCUAGUUGCAGUCAAAAUUGAAGUUGAUGUUCCAUAUCCAGAAAGACCUAAAGAGGGAAAAUUGGAAUUUUUUGUUGACUGUUCUGCAAAUGCAACUCCUGAUUUUGAAGGCCGAGGAGGUGAAGAUUUAGCCGUUGAGAUAUCAAACAGUUUAGCUGCAGCUUAUAGGUCACCUGAAGUGUUUGAUUUAACUAAACUGUGCAUUUUGAAAGGGCGCAAAUGCUGGAAAAUAUUUGUAGACAUCCUUUUGUUGGAGUGUGGGGGUAACUUAUAUGAUGCUGUAUCAAUAGCUGUUAAAGCAGCUCUUUGGGAUACUAGAAUACCACUGGUUAAGUCAGUUACAGUUGAUGGAAAUAACGUAGAUAUGGAAGUUUCAGAUGAAUUACACGAUUGUCAAAAGCUUGACGUUUCAGCAGCCCCCAUUAUGGUGACUGUGUGUAAAAUUGGGGAGCAGUGUAUUGUUGACCCAAAUGUGGCAGAAGAAUUAUGUUCAGUGGGGGCUGUAGUUAUAGCAGUUUCAAAGAAUAAAUUUAGCACAGUACUACAAAUUGGAUCAGGUUCUUUACAUCCCCAAACAUUACUGGAUUGCUUACAGAUGGGUGAAAAAGUGGCCCAACGGCUAAGUGAGGCACUUUUAGAAACGUUAAGUCAAAUUAAUCCAAAUAAAAAUCAAGAUGUGGGAUUUUUAAAAUAACCACUUUAUUCAAGAAUAAAUAUUUUUUUGGUAAA